AUGGCUGACCAGGCAGUUGCUCGUCUCGCCGGCAUCAAUGUCGGCGCUCCAGCACGUCCUUUGCCCAGUGCUGAUUUCGGUCUGAUCGGUUUGGCCGUCAUGGGCCAGAACCUGAUCCUCAACGCCGCCGACAAGGGCUACACCGUUUGCGCCUACAACCGUACCACCGCCAAGGUCGACCGUUUCCUCGACAAUGAGGCCAAGGGCAAGUCCAUCGUUGGUGCUCACUCCGUUGAGGAGUUCUGCUCCAAGCUCAAGCGCCCUCGCCGUGUCAUGCUCCUGGUCAUGGCUGGUAAGCCCGUUGACCAGUUCAUCGAGGCUCUCCUGCCUCACCUCGAGGAGGGUGACAUCAUCAUCGACGGUGGUAACUCCCACUUCCCCGACAGCAACCGCCGUACCCAGGACUUGGCCCAGAAGGGCAUCCACUUCGUUGGCAGUGGUGUCUCUGGUGGUGAGGAGGGUGCCCGUCACGGCCCCUCUCUCAUGCCCGGUGGUCACGAGGCCGCCUGGCCUCACAUCAAGGAUAUCUUCCAGGGCAUCUCCGCCAAGAGUGACGACGGCGAGCCCUGCUGUGACUGGGUCGGUGACCAGGGUUCCGGCCACUUCAUCAAGAUGGUCCACAACGGUAUCGAGUACGGUGACAUGCAGCUGAUCUGUGAGGCCUAUGACCUCCUCAAGCGCGGUCUUGGUCUCUCCCCCAAGGAGAUUGGUGAUGUCUUCGCCAAGUGGAACACUGGUGUCCUCGACUCCUUCCUGAUCGAAAUCACCCGUGACGUCCUUUACUACAACGAUAACGACGGCACUCCUCUCGUCGAGAAGAUCCUUGACAAAGCCGGCCAGAAGGGUACUGGCAAGUGGACCGCCAUCAACGCGCUUGACCUCGGCAUGCCUGUCACCCUUAUCGGCGAGGCUGUCUUCUCCCGCUGCCUGAGUGCUCUCAAGGACGACCGUACCCGUGCCAGCACCAUCCUUGGUGGCCCAACUCCCAAGUUCGAAGGUGACAAGCAGGCUUUCAUCGAUGACCUGGAGCAGGCCCUCUACGCCUCGAAGAUCAUCUCCUACGCCCAGGGCUUCAUGCUCAUCCAGGAGGCCGCUAAGGAGUACGGCUGGAAGCUGAACAAGCCCUCCAUUGCUCUCAUGUGGCGUGGUGGCUGCAUUAUCCGCUCCGUCUUCCUCAAGGAUAUCACCAACGCCUACCGCAACAACCCCGAUCUCGAGAACCUUUUGUUCGACGACUUCUUCAACAAGGCCAUUCACAACGCUCAGAGCGGCUGGAGAAACGUUGUCAGCAAGUCAGCUCUCUGGGGUGUUCCUCUCCCUGCCUUCAGCACUGCCCUCAGCUUCUACGACGGCUACCGUACCAAGGACCUCCCUGCCAACUUGUUGCAGGCCCAGCGUGAUUACUUCGGUGCCCACACCUUCCGCAUCAAGCCCGAGUACGCCAACGAGAACUACCCCGAGGGCAAGGACAUUCACGUCAACUGGACCGGCCGUGGUGGUGACGUGUCCGCCUCGACCUACAUUGCUUAA